AUGCGCAAAUCGGACAUUGUGGUUGUGGUCGUUACAGAGGGAGAGGAGGUGGAUGUGGACGACCUCUUAAGCACCCAACGCAUCAAGGCCAUGAACCAUCUCGUUCUUGUUUGCCUUGUUCCACUGGUAUUUAGCCAAUUAUACACACAACCUAUUCUUUAUUAUCAGUACCCUUACACAUCGGCAUCAGCAGAUCAACAAUACGUCUAUCAGAACCCCUCCAACCUCGUUUAUCAACAAGUUCCAUAUGGACAAACUGCUUACGGUUUACAAACGCAAUAUGUACAGCCCGGAUAUCUGCCACUACAGUAUUCCACGUAUCAAACAGGCUUGGGAGGACUCGGCGGAUUAGGGCAGUUGGGACAGUUAGGAUCACUGGAACAAUUGGGACAAGGUAAACCUUUUAAGAUUUGA